AUGAUAUUAAAGUUCACGUGUUACCCGCUCAUCCAUAUCUUGCAAAUAAAUCGCUUAGUUUCGACCAGUCUUUCAACUCAUAAUCCAGCUAAAUUAGUCAAAUUAGUGGAAGUUGGUCCACGUGAUGGAUUGCAGAAUGAGAAAUCCACUAUUUCAACUGAUAUCAAAGUGGAUCUCAUAGACAGACUUUCUGCUGCUGGUCUACCUUGUAUUGAAGUAUCCAGUUUUGUUCGUGAAAGUCGGGUUCCUCAGUUAGCUGAUGCUGCAGCGGUUUUCAAGCGUAUUAAACGUGUCAAGGGAGUACAAUAUUUGGCUCUUGUUCCCAAUAAAAGUGGUCUGCUGAAAGCCAUAGAAGCAAACGCAAAUGGUGUCGCCAUUUUUGCAGCUGCAUCGAAAGCGUUUUCCAUGAAAAAUAUCAAUUGUAGUAUCCAAGAAAGCGUGGAACGAUUUGAUGAGGUCUUUCAGAUAGCUAAAUCAAACCACUUACCGGUUAGAGGUUAUAUCUCGUGUGUAGUUGGUUGUCCAUAUGAGGGAUAUGUCUCACCGGAUACUGUGGCUAAAUUGACUGAAACUUUGUGGAGUCGUGGUUGUUAUGAAAUUUCACUAUGUGAUACAAUCGGCGUCGGCACUCCUGAAAGCAUAGAUGAUUUAUUGUCAGUUAUUUUAAAUCGUGUUGGCGCUUGCCCUAAAGAAGCACUUGCUAUACACUGUCAUGAUACUCAUGGGAAUGCUCUUUCAAAUAUUGAUUUGGCUUUAGAAAAAUAUGGUAUACGUGUUAUAGAUUCAUCAAUUAGUGGACUUGGUGGUUGCCCAUUUGCUGGACCUGGUGCACCUGGUAAUGUAUCGACAGAAUCAGUUGUAUCAUAUUUCACAAAGAAAGGUUAUAAAUUUACUCACAAUUAUAAUUUGAAUGAACUUAUUCAGAUUGGGAAAUGGAUUCGUGGAAAAAUCGCUGAGUCUAGAGUGAUUACGUGA